CGGGGGCGCGCCUGCGCGGGCCCGGGAGGAGGCUCCCGAGCGAGUCGGCCCAGGCGGCGCAGCCCGCCGCUCCCCCGCGCCCUAUGCGAGGGAAUCGGGGAGGCCCGCGGCGCGCCGGGGAGGGCGAGGCAUGUGCACGGGCCGGAGGGUGCUGAGGCCGCCCGAGGAAGAGGAGGACGGCGGCGGCGGCGAGGAGAGCGGGGGGCUCGCGGCGGCGGGCCCGGGCCGAGGGGAUGCAGCGGACUGUGUGUGUCUGACUGUAGCUGACGCGAGGCGGCGAGGAGGCGCCGGAGAUCCGCCAAAGGGGCAACCAGGGGGCGGCCGCGGUGGCGGCCGCGAGAAGUAGCAGCAGGACGGGCGGCGGCGGCGGCGGAGACGGCAGCCUUGAGAUGCAUUUUCUUCUCCAGCGGCCAUGUUAACCAGGAAACCUUCGGCCGCCGCUCCCGCCGCCUACCCGACCGGCCGAGGAGGGGACAGCGCCGUCCGCCAGCUUCAGGCUUCCCCGGGGCUUGGUGCGGGGGCCCCCCGGAGCGGAGUGGGGACCGGCCCGCCCUCCCCCAUCGCCCUGCCGCCUCUCCGAGCCAGCAACGCUGCCACCGCAGCCCACACGAUUGGUGGCAGUAAGCACACAAUGAAUGACCACCUACACGUCAGCAGCCACGGACAGAUCCAGGUUCAGCAGCUGUUUGAGGAUAACAGUAACAAGCGGACAGUGCUCACGACACAACCAAAUGGGCUUACUACGGUGGGCAAAACGGGGUUGCCCGUGGUGCCGGAGCGGCAGCUGGAGAGCAUCCACAGACGGCAGGGGAGUUCCACCUCUCUGAAGUCUCUGGAAGGCAUGGGGAAGGUGAAAGCCACACCCAUGACGCCUGAGCAAGCAAUGAAGCAAUACAUGCAAAAACUAACCAGCUUUGAACACCAUGAGAUUUUCAGCUACCCUGAAAUAUACUUCUUGGGUCCAAAUGCAAAGAAGCGCCAGGGCAUGACAGGCGGGCCCAACAACGGUGGCUACGAUGACGACCAGGGAUCCUACGUGCAGGUGCCCCACGAUCACGUGGCUUACAGGUACGAGGUCCUCAAGGUCAUUGGGAAGGGGAGCUUUGGGCAGGUGGUCAAGGCCUAUGACCACAAAGUCCACCAGCACGUGGCCCUGAAGAUGGUGCGGAACGAGAAGCGCUUCCACCGGCAGGCGGCCGAGGAGAUCCGCAUCCUGGAGCAUCUGCGCAAGCAGGACAAGGACAACACCAUGAACGUCAUCCACAUGCUGGAGAACUUCACCUUCCGCAACCACAUCUGCAUGACGUUCGAGCUGCUCAGCAUGAACCUCUAUGAGCUCAUCAAGAAGAACAAGUUCCAGGGCUUUAGUCUGCCUCUGGUUCGCAAGUUCGCCCACUCCAUCCUGCAGUGCCUGGACGCUUUGCACAAAAACAGGAUAAUUCACUGUGACUUGAAGCCCGAGAACAUUUUGUUGAAGCAGCAGGGUAGAAGCGGGAUUAAAGUGAUUGAUUUUGGCUCCAGUUGUUACGAGCACCAGCGGGUCUACACAUACAUCCAAUCCCGUUUCUACCGGGCCCCGGAAGUGAUCCUCGGCGCCAGGUACGGCAUGCCCAUCGACAUGUGGAGCCUGGGCUGCAUCCUCGCAGAGCUCCUGACCGGAUACCCCCUCUUGCCUGGGGAGGAUGAAGGGGACCAGCUGGCCUGUAUGAUUGAACUGCUGGGCAUGCCCUCCCAGAAACUGCUGGAUGCAUCCAAACGAGCCAAAAAUUUUGUGAGCUCCAAGGGUUAUCCCCGUUACUGCACUGUCACGACUCUCUCAGACGGCUCUGUGGUUCUCAAUGGUGGCCGCUCCCGGAGAGGGAAACUGAGGGGCCCACCAGAGAGCAGAGAGUGGGGGAAUGCACUGAAGGGGUGUGACGAUCCCCUCUUCCUUGACUUCUUAAAACAGUGUUUAGAAUGGGAUCCUGCAGUUCGCAUGACCCCUGGCCAGGCUUUGCGGCACCCCUGGCUGAGGAGGCGGCUGCCAAAGCCUCCGACGGGGGAGAAGACGUCUGUGAAGAGGAUCACCGAGAGCACUGGUGCUAUCACAUCCAUUUCCAAGUUACCUCCACCUUCCAGCUCAGCUUCCAAACUGAGGACUAAUCUGGCACAGAUGACAGAUGCUAAUGGGAAUAUUCAGCAGAGGACAGUAUUGCCAAAACUGGUUAGCUGAGCUGAGCCCCCCGAUGCUGGUAAUUCUGAAAGAUACGACAUUGCUGAGCCUUAUUGGGUUGAAAAAGAGUAGCUCAGACCUGUUUUUAUUUGCUUAAUAACUCGACUCAUUUGUAUCUUUUUGGCACUUGUUUUAAUGUAAGAAAGUUGUUUGUUUUGUUUUAUAAAAUACAUGGGGACAAUGCUUUAAGUUUUUAUACUUUCUGAAACUGUUUUUGUGUUCUAAAAGUACGAUGAGCCUUACUGUAAUUAGUGUGGCAGAGUAAUAAACAUCAGUGGCAGGCCAUUGAUCACGUCAUGACUGCCGCGCAUCUACAGAUUGGUGUCAGAGACAUUCACUAUGUCUUCAUGGUUCCUAGUGUAUUCUCCCCGAGGUGAUUGCCUCUGAAGGCCGCCCCCCGCCCCAAGCCCUUCUCUCUCCACACUCCAGGUUCUUCACGCACAGGUGCAGCAUGUCCUGCUUCGUUCUCCAUCAGUUAGCUGGGUGGUAGUGAUGGUGGGAGGAGGAUGGUCAGGACGAAAAUGGUAUUGUAAGAAAAACUGCACCUUAGAGGUUUUUUUCCCUGAGAUAGUGCUCAGAGACAAAAUCCCCACGGUUGCAAUGCCCAGUUAGCAUUUUGACGUUCUAAAGGCUGGCCAAGCAGACCUGGUGGAUGAAUGGAAACACGUGUAUCCCUCCAAAUUCUCCAAUGUGAUCAGCGAGCUGUUUUGCAAAGAAGUCUCGUUUAACAGAAUUUGGUUUUGCGCCUAAAAUUAGAAAUGUAUUCCAUGAACUAACUGUUCUUCCCUUCUCUUUGCUUUUCUCCCCGCUGUUCCUCUUGCACCACACAUCUGUUGCUUGCAUCUAAUUUCUUUUCCUUCCUUCAAAUACAUAUCCCAGACUGUUAAUACAGAAAAGAGACAUUUUUAGCUGUGAUUAUGACCAUCUUUUUCAUAUUCCAAUUUAAAAAAGAACAGCCUAGCUACUUAAGGUGGGGAUUUCCAUAGUUCCAAAGACAGUUUAGCAGACUCGAGUGCGUUCACACUUCAGGUGCCACAGUAAGGUUCUUUUAGCCUGGGAAAACAUCACCUCUUUAAAAAGAAAGAGGGUUGAAAAUCCUCUUCAUCAACAGACGUCAAUUGUCCUUGUCCAGCAAGGCCAAUUUUAACAAAUUCUAAGGAGGAAAAGUUCAGCCUCAAGUUAAAUGGUUUGACUUACUCUAUGCAUCAUUAGAAGAACCGUAGACAUUGCAUUCUUCUGUUUUAUUUUACUUUCGUUUGGAUUGCACUUGAUUGUUUUGGUGGGAAUGACACUUUACCUGGAAAAGUGACUCUUGAGAGUUAGGUAAAAGAAUAUUUUCUCCUCUGAAUAAUAAUUAUUUUCACAGUGAAAAUUUCAGUAUUUUAUCACUAAUGUAUGAGCAGUGAUACAUAUCAAUUUCAAGGCACGUGGAAAAAAAUUUAGUUAUGUGCAAUUUAAUAUAGAAAGAUUUCUGCCUGUUUGGACAAUAGGUUUGGAUAGUAUAAAAUAGGAUAAAUACUCUUUUAUAUGCACAGAUAUUAUUGUAUGGAUUGCCUGUAAAUUGAUUUACAAGUACUUAAAGCAUGGUCCCCAGUGAGGCCAAGAAAGUUUCCGGUUAAGUUCUUUUAAUAUUAAUCCUACAGUUUCUCUUGGUUUAAAAAAGAAAAAGAGUAGUUUUGAACAAAACACUUUACUUAUCUUGAGGCUUUGUCAGUUGAUGGUGGAGAAAAAUGCUCAGGAAAUAUUACAGAUAUUUGCCAAAAAGUCAGUAAUAAGGUUAGCUUAUUAAUAAGGUAGUGGUGUUGAUAUUUGCUUUACUAUUUAAGGGUGUCACUGAUAAGUUAAUUUAUACUUCUGUAUUUAGAAAUUCUUUCCCCUAGUCAAAUUCUUUAGCCUCUUGUACACAUUUCUGUGUAAUCUGUGGAAGUGCAAUAAUGUUAGUUGCAUUUUAAAUGAUGCUCAUGUGAUCAGUCAGUGGCUUAUAGAAUUUAAAGAUUGUGUAUUAUUAAAAUUUUGGCUUAAAGGCAUAAGAAGUGUAAGACUUGCAAUGGCUUUAUAGAACCAUAAGCCUCUUAAUGAUGGUUAGCAUCUGUAGGUCAUUAAAACAAACAGAAACAUAAAGGCUAUUUUCCCCUUGCAAUGCUCCUCUUCUGCCGUAUCCACUCAAGAUUUUCACUGAAAUAAAUGAACCUGAGCCUGCCAUUAAUACGAAUUUCCCUAUAGAAUGAUUAUCCAUGUUAAAAUUUAUAAACAGACUAAUACUGCUUGUCUCCUCCCCCACCACACAGAACUGGUUCUUAAGAUGCCAACAGUGCAUUUGUGACUAUCUUUAUUCACAAAUGUAACCGGAAACUUCUAAGCCAAACUAAAACGUGCAGCACUAUGAGGCUCCCCUCCCCUGCACCUCCUAAAUACAGUGAAAUUUCCUUAUUCACAAAGAGCCACCACGUUCAGUGUUUAGUGAUAGAGCUGCUUUUUAAGUCUAGCUUAAUUAUAAUGUCAAAGAAAAUGACAAAUGUUGCAUCGUUGUGAUUUUAAAACAUAAAUCAAUGAAGGGCUCUGAUAGGCUACUAGGAGUUGGCUUGGAAACAGUCCUUGGUCUCACAGGUUACCAUUGUCUAGGGAUAUCUGAGCUGUUUUCAGAUUCAGGAAGAGCACAGUGUGGUCUGGUCUUUGGUUGUGGUCUCAUCAGGCUCCGUUUCUCGCACCCCCAGAGCGUGCAUUACCACUUACGUGUAUUGCUACAACAGUGAUGCAAGACAGUGUCGAUUAACAGUGGAGGAGAAAUUGUGCCCUUAGUGAUAACAAUGUGCCUUUUGUUCUGAAUGCCAUGUUGUAGGGCAUGCAUUUUUUGGCCUCUUUAACUCUUUGAAUACUAGGCAGUAAGAAUGGAACCCACCUCUGCAAAGAGACAUCUGUCUUAAACAUCCAGAUACUUACUGGCCUUAAUAGAAACCAUAAGGCGUAAAUCAUUGUCAGGCACCAAAUAAGGUCACCACUGGUUAGUUACACAUGGAAUUCCUAUGUUUAAGGGGUUAAAGAUGGUCUUUGUUGUAUCUUAACAUCAGACUGAUUUUUUAAAUGAUAUUUUUUUUUGGUUAUGCUAACACUAGACAAAAAUCGACUGUAUUUGUAAAAAUUUACCUCAAACCAUUUAAUUUUAUAGUGUGAUUAAUCCCAGGGCAUUUGGUAUGAACCAAAGUGCAUUCCUUUUAUAUAUACCUGGCUUUAGUAAGGAUGGCCAGGGAUUUUUACAAUUUGGGUGCAAGGCACUUAAGCCACUUUUAAACUUACUAGGUGGUUUGGAGUCAUGUGGAAGGACUCCAUCAGAAUGUUAGGAAACACUUUAGGCAUCAGUAGCAUUGGGCCAUAUUGGAAUCUUCAAAGUGUGAAUUAUUUUCAAGAGAGCAUUCAUUUUUGUAAUUUUUUUCAUCAAGAAUAUUCUGGUAAGCAGAAGACUUAAACUGAUUUGGUUGGUAAAGGUUUUAAUAUUGCCCAACAUAAUGCUGUGGUAGCAUUAAAAAAAAAAAAGUAUUUGUGAACUCUGUUUCUUAGGGGCUUGUACAUCUCUGCUAUGGACACAUAAAAUUAAUUGUAAUUAUACUCAGCUCAACUGCUACAGUUAUGUCUAGGCAGUGGCUUGGGUUUCUGUCGAGCAACAACUUAGACACGUGACUGUAAUAUGCUGCAACUGUGUGUACUGAAAAUAUGUGAAAAUGGUUGAAUGUGGACUGUGUAUAUAUGUAUGUAAAAAUUUCUGUGAGAUGCUGCUGUCGCCACUUAACAUGAAAUAUGUUCUAGUGGAUUUUAAUCCUAGUGGCCAGUUCUAUGAUACUGUAUGUAUUGUACAGCUGAUGACAGGAGUAAGACUGUUCAGUGAAUAUUUGUUAAAUUUUAUUGUCGUGGCCAGAGAUAAUUUCAGAAUAAAAUUUUAAUGUCCUACCUUACUUUUCUCCCCUUUUCUAACUGUAAUUUUACUCCUGAUCUAUUUCUGGUGUUAGUCUUGGUCUAGUAGCCUGGAGAGAGUUUAGAAUACAAAUGUUUUUCAGCAAUCACCAGUUAUUUUUUUAUUAGUUCCAUAUAAAUGUACAAAUGCCAAGUCAGAAAGGCUGGAGUUUUAGUUAGAUCACUCUUGCUUUUUCUCAAUGUAUUCUGUUCUUUUACCUUUAGUAUUUUUGUGAGCCUCUGCUAUAUUCUCUAUCUUAUAUUUAGUAUCUUGUAGAACUUCAGAUCUUUUUUUGUGUGUGUUUGUUUCUUAAUUUCUUUUUAAUUUUCAGGGCCUUGGGAGCAGAGUCGAAAUUAUUUCCCACGGGUCUUCAUUCUUCCCUGUACUUAAAGUCCUGGUAAAUUAUUCUUAAUGUGCUCUCACCAGCUCCCCUAUAUUUUUUUUUAAUGCUUAUGCUUUUGCAGUUCUUGUACUCGUGGUCUCUUUGGUUCACAUUUUUGGGAGUUUUUAGUGGCUCCUCUAGUCAUGGCUGGAUCAGAAAAUAAGGCCUGUGAACUGCAGCUAGCUUGUGAUUUGUCAAGUUAAUACCAAGUGCAGAGUUUACUCACAGAUGACAGUGAGCAGAUGCUGUGGUAAUUUGUCAGACAUUGCAGGGUUAUUAUGUAGACAAAUAUUUCCCUCUUGUGGAAAGAACUACCUCACAUUUUUAUUUACACCUGUCCUGCCCGCAACAGCAGAGGAACUACUUUGGCUUCCUGCAGCAGAAGGGGGCUAUGCCGAAAGCAAGGGCAUGCAAUAGGCGUUUCCAGCCCCAGACUUGGUCUUAUCACGGCCUAGGCCAUGGACUUCCGUAAUUGCUCCUCUUGUUUCUCAGAGUUCUUACCCAGUGGAAAAAUAGCAACCAACCAAGAAGCCCAGUAUAUUUGAUACAGAUUUUUAAGAGAUGUUCUUUAUGUAUGAAAAUGAAAGUUGAUGCUAAAGCUACAGUUUAAAAUAUUGUCCAGAUUUGACAGAGCAGAUGAUAGCUCUUGUGCAUUCUCUAUCGUCAGAUCUUCUCAAAGUUCUUUCUUAAAUUGACAUAUGCUACUUUUUAUUUGAAUUUCUGUAAUCUUUUCCCUUUUGGAAUAAAUACACAAAUAUUCUUGGAACCUCAAAGUUGUCUUCAAACUAGCACUGGAGGGUGUUCCUAGCUGGCAUUGGUACUGAUCUUUUAGAGCAAGAGAAAUUAGUUUAUUUUCUGUUUUGGAAAAAGAACUGUUGAGGGAGAUUUGAAAAAAGGGUAUUUGUGACUUUGUUUCAUGCUGUUUUAAAAAAGUUUGAAUUAAUGCUGCAUUUCCUUUGGGCGAUUAGGCAAAUAAACACUUGUCAUGAGUGAUGCUUAACACCUUCCAAAAUGACAAAUGACUUGCCAGCGCAUUACACAUACAUAAGAAAAUUGCAUCUUACUGCAAAGGAUUUGGUUUAUUUGGUUUGUCUUUGACAGUGUUUGGCUGUGCUUAAUAUCUGUGCUUAACAUCCUUAAUAUCUGUGCUACAUUUCGUGUAUAUGGGAAGAAGAAACAUAAUUGCCAUUCCUUUGCAUCUCAAGGAUGUUUAAUGAGCAAACUAAAUUAAUAUUCAUUCCUCUGAGGAAAGCUGACAUUUUAAGAAUAUUAACUAGCCAUCUAUAGAAGGGAGCAACAAGAUAUAUAAUAACUCCCAUGUGUUCCAGAGCUUCUUGUAUGCUCUUUAUGAAGAAAGCCUCCCAGAUCUCAUGGUGGUAUAUGAACAUCACUUCAGCCUUAUUCAUCCCGCUGAACUGUAAUUACCCUAAUUUGAUAGACGUGACUUGCUCCAAAGUGACUGCAAAAAAACUGGGCCUCAGGUUGCAAUCAGAUAAAGAACUGUGCUCUCGGACGGUAAAGGAAAAUCCCUAAUUGUACAUCACAACCAAAAAGUUAGAAAGGGGAGAAAAUUUGAGCUAGCAGUGGGCAUUUCUAUUAUUUGAAUAACUUGUGUAUCAGUUUCCAAGAAUAUUUUUUAAAAGGGGAGAAACUACAAAGAAAAAAAAAGCAAAAUGAAACUGAGGACUAGGGUAGCUUAGUCUUGGUAUAUCUAAUAACUAGAUGCACUGCCAGCACACCCUUCAGUUAAUUUAAGAAAGAGGGACUUCUCAUAUUGCCAUAUGGGGGGAGAUUAUAAUGGCUUUAUUCUUUAUUGUUCUUAACAUAUGCUUUUACAUAUGAAUGUAUGAAGAUAUUUUUGACUCUUCACUAAAUCUCAGGGAUUAAAAGUUAAAUUUGACUGACUAGCAGCAGGUAAAUCUCUUAAAUUCAAACUUACUCAGGUUUCCUCUCCUUUGCCUCCCUAUUUAAGAAACAGAAUGCCUGCCAAAGAAAUAUAUAAAAAUUAAAAUUCCAAAUAUAGUUUUAAAAUACCAAAUUGUAAAUAAACCAAUUUUAUAAACAGAAA